CUUACCUCCUUACCGCCUUACCUAUGGCCAGUGACCAGAUAUUCCAAUCGCUGAUUUUAAUCAACCUCAACCAGGGAUAACUGAGAUUGUAGGUAACAACACAUCGGAUGGUUUGGUCAACCCAGGUAGGGGUAUUUUUUCGCAUUGGUCUAGCCUCGACCACCUUUUUAUGCGCUUAAUAGGCUAUGGAGCUCAGACGACUAAUUAGUUGAGAGCUGCUGCGGUUGGUGACCACUGUGAAGGCGCAGACAUUGGAAUGCACAAUUAAUCCGAGAUUGGCAGUCAUUCAUGAUAUUCAUUCAUCGUUUCGUUUAGUGAAGACGAUGGUAACGGAAGGAAUGGGUCAGGUGACGCUGGGGCUCAGAGAGUGACCGAGAAGUUUACAACCCUUUCAGAGCAAGCUGGACUUGCAUCGGCAACGUAGUCGCAAGAAGGAGUUGCUCGAGCCUAUGUCAUGGACUUAGCAUGUUAUAUUGUGAUCGUUUUUGAUAUGUUGACUGAAUGGUGAGAUAGUCAUUGUAGAAAGUCGCGUCUCAAAUCUGCUAAAACUAAAUAAUGGUGCCAGGUGCUCCUGCAACAAUGCUUCCUGCCUCGGAGGCUGCCAAGAUCUACCAAACCAACUACGUUAGGAACUCCCGCGCCAUUGGGGUUCUUUGGGCAAUCUUCACCAUCCUCUUCGCCAUAGUCAAUGUGGUGUGUUUCAUACAGCCCUACUGGAUUGGAGACGGUAUAGACACGCCGCAGGCUGGUUACUUCGGUCUGUUCCAUUACUGUAUAGGGAACGGACUGUCCCGGGACCUGACCUGUCAGGGCAGCUUCACCGAGUUCAGCACCAUCCCCUCCGGCGCGUUCAAGGCAGCGUCCUUCUUCAUCGGGAUGUCCAUGGUACUGGUCCUGUCUUGCAUUGGCUGCUUCGCUCUCUUCUUCUUCUGCAGUACUGGGACGGUGUACAAGAUCUGCGGCUGGAUGCAACUGGCCGCAGGCACAUGUCUGAUCCUGGGCUGUAUGAUCUACCCCGACGGCUGGGACUCUGACGAGGUGAAGCGGAUGUGCGGGGAGCAGACGGACAAGUACACCCUGGGGGCGUGUUCCGUCCGCUGGGCUUACAUCCUGGCCAUCAUGGGCAUCAUGGACGCUCUGAUCCUCUCCUUCCUGGCCUUCGUGCUGGGGAACCGCCAGGACGGCCUGAUGGCAGACGAUCUGCUGGGAGACAAGAGUGGUAAUGCCUAACACAGUAGUACACACAGGUGUUGGAGCCUAUGGGAGGUCUUGAUGUCACGUUCCAUCUUAAACCAGUCACCCCCUGGAGGAUGGAGGGCUGCCGUUGGGGGAAAGAACAUCAAAGAGAGAAAUAGGCCCAUUAUGUCAAGAAGGAAUUACUCACUCUGAAUAGUAAAAUGUAAAUUCACAACAAAAAACUAUUCUCAUGUAGGCCUACAUCUAGAUACUACUGACAUUCCAUCCAAGAACCUUUAUGGGUUAAGAAAUUCUUUCUAUAUCCCCUGUGACGUCGGUGAUUUUCAACUGUGCCAAUAGCACCGGGCUAUCUCCAUUGUGUCAUAAUUGUGUUAUACUAGUAUUCCAUAGCAGUCAGUUGUGCGCAGUGCAGGGGGUUCUCCAAGCCACUGGUCAACAUUGUAGCCUUUACUUGGCUGUGAAAAUAUCAGACUGGACAACACAGAGGUGGGAGCUGUGAAGACUCUACACUGUUUGGCCUUGAGAGCCACCGUACCACGAUGUCGCCGUACCAUGAGCAGACUGCUGGAAAUCACUUCAUACUAAAUGGAAGACAGUGACAGUCACACUGAACACUGCUUCAUGGAAGAAAACUAAAUGUCCACUGUAAAUGGAAAAAAAGAAUUGUGAUUGUUAAAAUAGACUAGGUCAGAAACAUGAAGAAAAAAAAAUACAGUAUUGAGGAUAGGAAAAUAUAUGAAAUGUGUUAAAUCUAUACUGUAUAUAUUCAGUGUGUUGAAUGUAUUUUGUCUUGACUUUGACCUUUACAGUUGAUGCAGUAUUUGAAAGCUACUGGUCUAUUUCAGUGUGUGUCAUACCGCAUUAUCAGCCAGGAUUGUCUCAAUGAAGGGUUAAAAAACAAACAGAUUGGUUAUUGUCUGUUUAGGCUGUUGCUUUCUAUCGCCUGUUCUUAGUUGGACCAAGGAGACGCCGUCCAACACUAUUUAGGAUGUAGUUGCUGUAUGAGGAAAGCUUAUCUAUGCCAGAUUCAGUAUUGCAGUGUCCAGUUGUGGUAGUUACUCACUGUAACGUAGGAGCGCACCACAACUCUGUUCCAUGUUCGUGUGAUCCUAGUAAAUGUGCCUACUUCUCUUGUAUGAGGGCUUCAUGGCAGAAACAGACAUCUUUCCAUACAGUAUGUGGAUUUUUCUGGAAAUGAUGUGCUUCCUUGGAUCCAGGAUAUGUGUGUGACUGUAAUGUGUCCACUCAUCAUGCUGGAAGGCUCUCAUUUCUCUGACAAAGCCACCGUGACCCUCACAUUCCCAAACUGAUGUUAUUACUAGUGUGUUCAACUUGGACAUUUUGAUGAACUAUAGGAAGACUAACAGCUGUUCCAACCUUUAUAACAUUCAUCCUGUCAGCAUGUGUAAAUAUUCCAUGAAAAAAAAUAUAGAAAAAAAACAGGUUAAUAAAUUUGUCUUUAAUCCUGA